UUGCGUCCUCAGAAAAAACAUUCAAUCGUCGAAGGAUCCCCGCUAAACAACGUACCUAGUAGCCCACAACAUUCUGUCAAUAUGCAGCUUGGAGGAGCAUUCCCCUUUUCCCUCGUACCAUCGACCUCAACCGCUUCACAAGCUUCAGUCAUCAUGAACUCGUCCGAUUCCCGUGAUGAUGUUACGCCACCAGCGGGAAAAAGGAUGAAAACGGAUGAGGAUGAAGAGAAGGAGAGAGCAAAGUGA